GUGCCGACUGUGAGCGAGGCGCUGGUGAGCACCAACUGCACGCGCGGUGGCGGCGCUGGCCGCGGGCUGAGCCGUGGUACACUGAUUGGUGUUAUUGCGGUGUGCACAGUGGUGGGUUUAGCCUUUUUGUCUGUGUUGUUGUGGGUGACGUGGUUUUGCUGCUGCCGUCAGCCGUUGGCCGCUGCUGAGUGGAAGGCUGGGAAGGGUCAGCAGCUCGUGGGCUUCCCAGAAAUCGGUGACGGCGACGAUGUUGUGGGCUACAUUGUGAGUCGCCGUCACCCGCUGAUGUACUACCCGUCUUCGAGCGCCCGUUUGGGACGUUCGGUGAGCGCGUCGCUCGGCUACGCUUCCCUCAGUGGAUCCGGCGAAGGUGGUGUGGUGGAGGAAAGGGAGGAUGAGGGCCGUGAUCAGGUUGCGCUUCAGGAGGCGCGAGCGCGCUACAACGUACGACUGUCCUUUGCUGAGGGGCUGCAGCUGCUCGAGCUGGCAGAAAAGAACGCUGCUGCGGACGCUGCUGGCAUGAACACGACGUGCGCCAGCUGGGACCUAUGUCUGCACGGCGUCGCACAGGCGGAGCGCAGAGCCGUGGAGAGCAUCCUGACCGAGGACGGGCCGACGAUGCUAGAAGCGGAUCUCCCAGCAGAGGGUGCGGGCCCGCGCUACGCCGGCCCUAACGACCUCGAGGACGCCGCCUUCGAGGUACCUGAAGAGCGCGAAAUUGACUUGACUGCAGAUGCGAAUAUGUCGAUGGAGACGGACCCCGUCACGGGCGAGCGCCACAAAGUGCGCAGCCUGUCCAUCGAAAGCGCGCCGCGGCGCUGCCUCUCACCACUGGAGAGCUGCAUGGAAAACGACGACUUGGAGGUGCAGGGGGAGGAGAUAGAUGGGUGCACCGUCGUCGUGCUGAGUGAGCAGGUGCCGCCGCGGCAGGACCGCGACGACGACGAGGAGCCGCCACGACGACUUGCUGUGCGGCGCUUUAUAAAUCCGACGUCGUCUCAGUCACACUGUGGUGUUUCGAUGCCCCUUAGCGGCAGCGGCAGCUACGGACGUAGCCCUACCGGCACAGGACGCGACGACCGAAAGGAGCAGCCACACCACGACCCACUUGCAUUGGCGGCGGCGACGCCACAGGUGCGGGCAGCAUCUAAGGACCUCCCAAACUACAUCCUGUCGCUGCCGGAUGGAGAGGACAAUAGUUCAGCAGACCUACGAACCAACACCGCGCACGGAGUCGAUGACACCGCCACUGCCGAGUCCUCCAUCUUCCCUCGUUCCCCGAUUGCCCAUGCUGAGGCGAAUGACAUAUCAGAGGAGGCGCUGCCUAUGGGCGUUGUACGUUUCUCGUCUCCUGGGGCCAUCACUGGCAAUGUCGACAGCGAUGAAAGCGAAGAUGACCUGCUUAGCUUCACGACGACGCAGCGCUUCUACGACGAGAAGCGCUUCUUGCUGGAGCAGGAGGACGGCCGGCGCCAGCGUCUGUGCAACUGGGAGGGGGAGGAGCUGGCACAGCUGGCACAGGAUGAGCUGAAUGGCUACAUGGCGCUCUCCUCGUCUGCCGCGGUUGGCGGUGGUACUGUCAACGCAUCCUCUGAUCACUCGAAGAACAACGAUACCGAGUACCAUGCCGGCGGUGGCACGGGGAAGUAUCGCCACGGCAAGGGUACGGCAGAGGAUGAGUGGGUGUGCCACCCCCCCCGUGCGCCAGCGAGGCUGCCGGCUCUGCCCCCGGCACCGCGCCCUCAAACGUUGCAGAGCGGCUAUACUACUGCGUAG